GCGGAAGGAGCCAAAAAGUUGACCCGACUACUUUUGAAGAAAAAGGGUGAAACGCCAAAGCACCUCUGCUACUAAAACCCUCCAAUCACUCGCUAGAUUCGUGUAUAAUCAAAUCGACAGACACGUGAUCGAAAAAGAUGGCCGGCAGGUGUCCUCCGAUACCUCUCCGGCCGACACGUAACGUCGGUGGUUUGCUGUUUAUCACUCUCCUGCACUCCACUCUGUUUUUGUUUUGUAGCAGUUCUUCAAUUCCAGACUGCCGUCUAUCUUCAGCUGGAGCCUCUGCGAAUAGCCCAAUAUGGUGAGUACCUAUAAUAAAAUAGGAAAAAUGUUGUUUCAAAAAGCUCCAAGUCUAUCUAGAACCAUUUUAUCCAGUGCAAGUCCUGAGUUAUCUAUCCAAGACAAAAAAUUCAAAAACACAGAUGAUGCUUCAUGCCUUAAACGUGGUUUUAGUAUGUUGGAUGCAGAGUUCUUCAAUGACAACAAGAUGCUUGAAACCGAGAAGGGUGCCAAAGAGCUCAACAUUCCUAUAAUUAAAGCCAAUAGGAAAAUAGUUGCUACCACCAAUGGUGGAUUGCACUACCCUUCUUCAUUGGUUUUCAAUUCCAAAUGGGAACACGAAGAAACACAAGAUGAUGCUAAAAAAUUCAGUUAUCCUUCGGUUUCUGGUGUCAUGAAGCCUGAAAAUGAAGAAGAUAUCGCCUUCAUGACUAUUCUUGAACUUGGACAUCUUAUAAGAACGAAACAAGUCACCUCAGAGGAGCUCGUCCGGGUUUUUCUUAAGAGGCUUAAAAGGUAUAAUCCAGUGUUAGAAGCAGUGGUGACCAUCACCGAGGAUCUUGCCUACAAACAGGCAAAGGAAGCUGAUGAACUACUCGCACAAGGCAUAGACUUAGGUCCACUUCAUGGGAUACCAUAUGGGCUAAAGGACAUCAUCUCGGUUCCUGAAUAUAAAACCACUUGGGGUUCAACCACAUUCAAAAAUCAAGUCCUUGACAUUGAGGCUUGGGUGUACAAGAGAUUGAAGGCAGCAGGUGCGGUUCUUGUUGGGAAACUGGUGACAGGGUCAUUAGCAUACGACGAUAUCUGGUUCGGUGGUCGAACCAGAAACCCAUGGAACAUUGAGGAGUUCACCACCGGUUCAUCGGCUGGACCCGCUGCCUGCACUGCAGCCGGCAUGGUUCCAUUUGCAAUCGGGUCUGAGACGGCCGGUUCCAUAACUUACCCUGCGGCUCGGUGCGGUGUGACCGCAUUGAGACCGACUUUCGGUGCAGUCGGUCGAACCGGUGUCAUGAGUGUGUCCGAGAGCCUGGACAAACUUGGCCCAUUUUGUAGAAGUGCAGUUGAUUGUGCGAUUGUUCUAGAUGCUAUUCGGGGUAAAGAUCCUGAUGACGGGUCGUCAAGAAAGAUCUUUCUUGAUGACCCGUUUUCUGUAGACAUCACGAAACUUACCGUUGGAUAUCUAGAGGAUGCUGAGAUGGAGGUGGUGGAUGUGCUAAAAUCAAAAGGAGUGAAGAUGGUAGCGUUUAAUCUGAGCUAUAGUGUUGAAUCUGCUCAAGGGAUCUUAAAUUUCACAAUGGAUGUGGACAUGCUUGCUCACUUUGACAAGUGGCAACGAUCUGGUGAAGAUGAGGAGUACGAGGCCCAGGAUCAAUGGCCCACAGAGCUUAGCCGUACACGCAUAAUACCAGCUGUCGAUUACAUACAGUCGCAAAGGGCACGUGGGAAGUUGAUUGGAGAAGUAAAGGAGAGUUUCAGGGUGGAUGCAUUCGUAGGAAAUGCGACUGAUUGGGAGAAAGUCUGUGUUGGUAAUCUUGUUGGGAUGCCGGUUAUGGUUGUUCCAGUUGGUUUUCAGAAGAUUCCGGAUCCACCAAGUAAUGAUACCCGAAGAAGAAGCACUGUCACAACUGGCAUCUAUGCUCCACCCGAUCAUGACCACAUUGCACUGGCGUUGACAAUGGCAUACCAAACUGUUACCAAUCAUCAUAAACAACGACCACCUAUAGACAAUCUUGGUCCCGAUGAUGUCAUCCCAAAUCCACCCAAGGCAAUGAUACCUCCCAGGAUACUCAAAGCUUAAUCAAUCAUAUACUUUAUGAUUCUCUUCCAUUGCUGGUCUAUUUGAUCUUCCUUAGGUGUAUGUGUGCAUCUGCAUCUAAUGUAAAAGUGAAUGUAUUCGCUAAAUGAAUAGAAAGCUUCAAAUUUUUGGUCUACUUUUAGUUCAUGAUCUUGUUGCACAACUUUCCACAUCUUCAUGCAUGCCAGUAUCUUCCACGUGAUCUUUUAUUUUCUGAUUUUGAAUCCAGUCAUCUUGUGGGGAUAAUGAUGUUUGUAUGGACUAUAUGGAUAAAACCUUAUUUACAUAAGGUUUGUUUGAAUGAGACUAACAUUUAGUUUCAGAGUCUUAUAUAAAAAGAGAAGUGAAAUGAAGUGGAUGGAACCGGGAAGAAAUGAGAAAAAGUAGAUAUUCUUUUGAGUUUUUUAAUGGAAUGAACUGGAAACAAGAGAAAGGAUUUGGAGAGAAAGAAAUUGGAC